AUGUGUGAAACAGUGCUGCCACUUCAAAUCGCGGGUGAUACCUUGUCGGAACUUGACAAGGAAGUAACGCCAUCGCUUGUCCAGCUACCCAAGGAAUAUGGCGGUGGCUACCUGGCGUCGCUGGAAAUAAUACACCAGAUGCACUGUCUCUGCGGCAUUGAAUUGAGCUCCUCUUCAGAUCAUUGCGCCAACAUGCUUCAUCAUCAACUAUUGUGCGUUGCCGACACUGGGUUGAUUACGUACCACUGGGUUAAAGGGAGCGAUGGUCCCUUCCCUGACUUCAACACCUUACAUAAGUGCAAGGAUAUCAGCAAGAUUAAGGAAUGGAAUCGACAGAAUGGGGUGCGGAUCCCGACGAAGAGCAUUGUAAGAACUCCGGACACCAUCGAUUUGAAAAAGGCCCCUUGA